AUGGCAUACCUUCAGGUAGUGCUCGGCUUGGGUGCCGUAUCGAUUUUGCUGUGGCAGCUCAGCAGAAUCGGGCGACGGCCGAGCAACUAUCCUCCUGGGCCGCCAACUUUGCCUUUGAUCGGAAACCUUCACCAAAUGCCCACAAAGAAUGCCCACCUGCAGUUUCAGAAAUGGGCGCAGGAAUAUGGACCCGUGUACUCGCUCAUGCUGGGAACCAAAGUAGCGAUUGUCCUAUCAUCAGAUGUGGCCGUCAAGGAUCUCUUAGACAAGCGUAGUUCAAUCUACUCGGGGAGGCCAGAGCUCUACAUGGGUCAGGAAAUCAUGAGUGGCGGGUAUCGACCACUCUUCAUGGGAAAUAAUUCUGUGUGGAAAAUGACCCGAAAGCUUGCGCAUGGCGUUCUCAGUGUUAAGGUCUCUCGGACUUAUGUGCCGUAUCAGGAUCUCGAGGUGAAAGCCAUGUUGAUGGGCUUACUUGAGACGCCAGGAGAGUUUUUAAACCAUAUCCGUCGAUAUACAACCUCUUUGACCACGCAGAUGGCUUUCGGUUACCGGACUCCAGAAAGCGACGACAAGAAUUUACUGGAGAUGUUCGAAAACUUCGAAGAGCUGUCAAAGCUGACCGGAAGUCAGUCUGCCGCCAUCCUCGAUUUAUAUCCCAUCGCAAGACUGUUACCCGACUUUCUCCUCCCCGUCAGGCGGUUGGGGAAGGGAUACUACAAAAGAGAGAAGGAACUGUUUAUGAAACACUUUAUAAAUGCUCGGAACCAGUUGAAGAGCGGGACGGCAAAGCCAUGCUGCGCCAUUGAUCUUCUUCGCGCGCAAAAGGAGUAUGGGUUUUCCGAUGAGCUUGGCUGUUACUUGAGCGGCUCUCUCUUGCAAGCUGGCUCCGAAACGACGGCCAUCAUAUUGAUCGGCUUCUUCCAGGCGAUGCUCGUCUUUCCCGAGGUUGCGAAAGAAGCUCAAGCGGAGAUUGAUCGUAUCUGCGGAGACCGCAUGCCUGAUCUCAACGACUUUCUAGAUUUGCCUUAUAUCCGCGCCUGUAUGAAGGAAAGCUUGCGCUGGAUGCCUGCUACUGCUCUGGGAGUCCCCCAUGCUGUAAUCCAAGACGAUUCAUAUAUGGGCUAUCACAUCCCCAAAGAUGCUGGGAUUAUAAUGAAUGUUUGGGCGAUUCAUAAUGAUCCGAAGCGACACCCUGAUCCACGAAGAUAUAAUCCUGCUCGCUGGGCGGGCGACAACCAAAACUCUGCACAAGCAGCCGUCAACCCUGAUCCAUCCAAGCGCGACCACUUUGUCUUCGGCGCCGGCCGAAGACUGUGUCAAGGAAUGCACAUUGCCGACCGGUCGCUCUUCUUGGCCAUCGCUUGUACGCUCUGGGCGUUUGACCUGAAGCGACAGGUGGACAAGCAAACGGGACACGAGAUCAUUCCCGACGUGGACAACAUCAAAGACGGCAUUUUUAUAUCUCCUAUGCCUUUCGUGGCUGAUAUUGUUCCCAGGAGCGAGAGUAGGGCUGCAGCAGUCAAAGAAGAAUGGGGCAAAGUGGCCGGAUUGCUGGAUGAGCAUAUGCAGUGGAAGACUGUCCCGGAAGGUCUCAAGUGGAAAGACUAUGAGCCUCUGGAUGAUGAGAAUGAGGACCUACUACAGUCCCUUUCUUGA